UCAGACGUGUUCCUCGAGCGUGUUUUAGACGAAAGAUUUGUAACAAAAAUUUAAAAGGACUCCAACCAAACAGCGGAAAAAAACUCAACAAAUUUUGUGCAAUAAACAAAAAAACGGAGAUUUAAAUUAACUGAAAAUCAAUUUUUAUUGUUCGGAACUUCUAAUCGUUCGAAGUUCGAGUAAAAAACAUGCGAAUAGUUGCAUAAAUUAUUGGAAGUCUCUACAAAUACAAACAACAAUUCCUUCUACAUUAUUAUUAUUAUUCAUAUUAAUAAGAAAAAAAACGAAACAGUAAUAAAAAGGUGAAUGAAGAAACUAUUUUGUGAGGUAUACGAGUGUAUUAGUGCAAAUAAUUGUGGUCGAACCAUCAAAACAAUGCUGGAAAAGUUCGUUUUUAUUUGAAAUUCGAGUAGAAGAUCAAAGAAAUUCUAAAAAAAAUAAAUUUCAAUAAAUAUUCAUUAAAAAAAUCAAAGUUUAAGUGAAAAAUUACGUAAAAAACCCAUAAAAAUAAUAAAUUUAAUACUCAGAAAUACAAAAAAAAAAAUUAAACAACCACUACCAGUGUACAUUCUUGAUCCGUUAAGGCCAUUCUUGAAUACAAAUUGAUCGUACCCAAGUGCGUUUGUGUUAGUGCGAUCGUUUUAUUUUAUUUACCUACCUACCCGAUAAAAAUCUAACCAGAAAGGUGUUUGUGUAUGAGUUAAUAAUUUUUUUAAAAAAUGCAGUAAAAAGACAAAGGUAGAAGAAAAUAAAGAAGUUGCGCGUGUAUUUGUGUUGAUUCAGAGGAAUUUCAUCAAAACUUCCCAUCAUUUCAAACUUGGAGGAAUUUUCACAUGAAAUCAUCACACAACGCGAUAAUUAAGUGGAUUAAUUAAAAAGAGUUAAAUGUCAACAAUGAACCGAGUGUUGAAAAAUCUGAAAAAAUAAAAAAAAAUCGCCAUUAUUGCUAUCGAACGUAAAACAAAUAAUAGAUUAAAAAUGGAGGAGUCGGAGAGGCUCUUCGUCACGCGGAAUAGAAUAAACAAAUUUAUUUGGAUAACUUUUUGUCUGGCGUUAAUUCAUUCUACAGUUGCAGAAAACAAUGCAAUCCAGCCGCCUCGAUUCACAACGCAACCGUCGUCGUCGUCAGCGAUGGUGCAAGAAGGACGCACGAAGAUUCUGCAAUGCUUCGCUCUUGGCUACCCCCAACCGAUGUACAAAUGGCUCAAAAACGGCGAAUCCAUCACGCAUUUCAGCAGCAACCAGUACCAUCGUAUCAACAAUGUGCAACGAAACGAUUCGGGAUCAUACAAAUGUCUCGCCAAAAACGAAGCUGGAACAAUUUUCAGUGAAAAAAUCGACGUAACUGUCGCUUACAUGGGCACCUUUGACGAUCUCACGGAACGAACGAUCUCCGUCGAAGCAGGAAAAGCAGCUGUCAUUGAUUUGUCGCCAAUUGACUCGAUUCCGGCGCCAAGUGUGACUUGGAUGACUGACGAGGGGGCACUUUAUGACAUCAAAUAUGCCGUGACGUCGAAGAAUCAACUUGUAAUUUUGAGCGUGGAUGAUGGCGAUCAGAAAAGUUAUCGAGCACGUGCAAUAAAUGCGCAACUUGGCAAAGAAGAGAAUUCAGCAUUUGUUCGUUUGAACGUCAGCGGAGGGGAUUUCUUCUCAGAUAUUGCUCCGGAAAUCAUCGUUCAUCCAGAAUCGAAGAAAUUAGUGAAAGGCGAGGAGAUUUAUGAACUUCAAUGUAUCACAAAUGCUCGCCCGUUGCACGAAUUAGAGACUUUGUGGAUGAAAGACGGGAUUUUAAUCGAAAAUGCGGGAAUUUCUUACACUUUAAAUGACCCAUGGAAUCGAACUUUGGCACUUUUACAUGCAAAUCUCACUCACACGGGCGAAUAUACGUGUCAAGUUCGUCUCCGAAGCGGCGGAUUUCCAACUGUGACAUCCACAGCAAUCAUCAGCGUGCUUGAAUCGCCGACAUUUUUCACUCCCUUGCGAACAGAAACGUUAGCAGAAUUCGGACAACAACUAACUUUGCCAUGUGACGUCAUUGGAUCGCCCGUUCCUCAUGUCACGUGGUUCAAAAAUGCCGAAGCCCUGGAUUUAACAACGGACAAGUACAAAGUUCAGGAGGAUAAUUCACUUCUCAUCAAAAAAGUCGACUCUUCGGCAAUGUUUCAAUGUCUGGCUUCCAAUUCAGCAGGAGAAAAAUCCUCCUAUACAUGGGUUCGAGUGAAAACUUCAAUGCCCAUAAUGGAGAUUUAUCCGCAAAAUGUGACUGCCUUAGAUGGCAAAGAAGCAACUAUCACGUGUCGUGCUUUUGGAGCUCCAAAUCCGAAUGUCACAUGGAUUUACAAUAAAACCAACAGCAUUGAACCUUCUGGGCGUCUUCAAAUCUUGGAAUCGGGCGAUUUGCUCAUCUCGAAUGUUCGCAAAGAAGAUGCCGGUUUUUACAUGUGCAUCCGUUCAAACGAAGCGGGAAGUGUCGAAGGCGAAGCUUACCUCACUGUGAUGGUUCGCACUCAAAUUAUUCAACCGCCUGUCGAUACGGUUGUCCUUCUUGGUCACAUUGCGUCGCUUCAGUGCAAAGUUUCGAGUGAUCCGAAUGUUCCCUUCAACAUUGAUUGGUUCCGUGCGAAUUCAGCGUCUCCCAUCACGAAUAGUCAACGCGUUGGCACAAAAGCUGACGGCACGUUGGAAAUUCAGGCAGUUCGAGCUUCGGAUGUCGGGGAAUAUAUUUGCAUGGUGACGUCGCCAGGAGGAAAUGAAACGAGAUCCGCUACUUUGGGAGUGAUUGAAUUGCCUUUUGCUCCGACAAAUGUUCGUGCGGAAAGAAUGGUAGGACAACGAGGCGUCAAUAUCUCAUGGACUCCGGGAUUUGAUGGAAAUAGUGACAUUAUUAAGUUUAUUAUUCAACGAAGAGAGGUUUCCGAAUUAGAUAUUUUUACAGGACCGAUUCCAGAUCCGCUGUUAAAUUGGGUAACGGAAGUCAGUAAUGUCUCGUCAUCGAAGCGGUUUAUGCUUUUGUACAACUUGAAGGCAGCUACAGCUUACCAAUUCAGAGUGAGCGCCGUCAACCGCGUAGGAGAAGGAUCCCCUUCCGAACCGAGCAACAUCAUUACUUUACCUCAAGAGAGUCCUACUGGCCCUCCCGUUGGUUUUGUGGGCUCUGCCAGAUCCCAAUCUGAGAUUAUCACGCAAUGGCAACCGCCUUUAGAAGAACAUCGCAAUGGCAUAAUUCAAGGUUACAUCAUCCGAUAUCGCUUGUUCGGCUAUAACAACAUGGAAUGGACUUAUCGUAACAUCACUAACGAAGCUCAACGAAACUAUUUGAUCCAAGAUUUAAUUACAUGGAAAGAUUAUUUGAUCCAAAUUGCGGCUUAUAACAACAUCGGAGUCGGCGUUUAUACAGAAGGAGCAAAAAUUAAAACGAAAGAAGGAAUUCCCGAAGCUCCUCCAACAAACGUUAAAGUAAAAACAAUUAAUUCAACAGCGAUUCAAGUUUGGUGGAAACCUCCGAAUCCCCAACAAAUCAACGGAUUAAAUCAAGGUUACAAGAUCCAAGCGUGGCAAUAUGAGACAAAACACGGCGAAUUACAUGAAAUUGAAUCUCGUAUGAUGGCAGUACCUCCUUCGCUACUCGAUCCUUUAGCGGAACAAACAGCAAUCAUGACAGACUUGCAAAAAUUCACAAAAUACAACAUCACAGUGUUAUGUUUCACUGACCCAGGUGACGGUUUAAAAAGUUUGCCCAUUGAAAUCCGCACUGCUGAAGACACCCCCGACGAAGUUUUGAACCUGAAAUUCGACGAUGUCUCCGAUCGUGCGUUAAAGGUACGUUGGAACCCCCCAAAAUACCCAAAUGGCGUUUUAACCGGGUAUCAAGUCAAAUAUCAGAUCAAGGAAAAACCGGAAACGAUGAAAACGGUAAAUUUAACAGCUGACGUCACCCAAUUGGAUAUCACAGACCUCAUGGCGACGACAAAUUACCGUUUUGAGGUAAGCGCAUGGACCAAAGUCGGCAAAGGAAGUCCCAAAACGGCAACUAUUCAAUCGGGAAUUGAACCUGUCUUGCCAAUGCCGCCGUAUCAGCUCGCUUUGUCAAAUAUCGAAGCAUUUUCGGUUGUAAUUCAAUUCACCCCCGGCUUCGAUGGAAAUUCUUCGAUCACAAAAUGGAUCGUUGAAGCACAAACCGCACGAAAUGUCACGUGGUUCAACGUUUACGAGGUUUACGAUCCCGAAGCAACCACUUUGCAUGUGCAAAAUUUGGAGCCAUUCACCCCAUAUCGCCUUCGGGUGUUCGCCCAAAACGUCGUUGGUACGUCAGAACCUUCCGAACCGACAAAAGACUUCCAAACUAUUCAAGCGAGACCGAAACACGCCCCAUGGAAUGUCACAGUUCGUGCUAUGUCAGCGACGGAGCUUCGUGUCAGAUGGAUUCCUCUUCAACAAUCCGAAUGGUAUGGCAACCCAAAGGGGUAUAACAUCACCUACGUUCGUUCCGACAACGAAUCCCUUCAAACCCCGCUCAGUGUGAUGAUCGAAGACCCUACCGCCAACUCCCAUGUCUUGGAAAAUCUCGAAGAAUGGUCCACAUAUGAGGUUAUCAUGACAGCAUGUAAUGACGUCGGAGCUUCCAUCGAAAGUCCAAUCGCUUUGGAGAAAACACGUGAAUCUGUACCAUCCGAAGGUCCCGUUGGCGUCGAAGCAAAUGCAACUUCCAGUACUACAAUUGUCGUCAAAUGGGGUAAAGUACCGAAACAACAUCAAAAUGGCCAAAUUGAAGGAUACAAAGUUUUUUACGGAUCUGCUGGAAGAACGCCAAUUUUGUUCAAAGACAUCCCAAGUAACGUCACUUUUACGACAACCUUAACGGAAUUGAAGAAAUACGUCCGUUACGCCAUUCAAGUCUUGGCUUAUACGCGAUUAGGUGACGGCGCAUUAAGUUCCCUGCCUGUUAGGGUUCAAACUUUUGAAGAUACCCCCGGGGCUCCGUCAAAUGUGUCAUUUCCGGAUGUGUCAUUUUCAACCGCUCGCAUCAUUUGGGAUGUCCCUGAUGAGCCAAAUGGAGAAAUUCUCGCCUAUAAAGUCACUUAUUCGAUCAAAGGAUCGUCGAAUUUGAAUUUUACAAGAGAAUUCCCGCCUUCGGAUCGAACUUUUCGCUCCACACAACUUUUGGCUGAACGAUAUUACGUUUUUAGUGUCACAGCUCAAACGCGGCUUGGAUGGGGGAAGACCGCAUCAGUUUUGGUUUAUACAACCAACAAUAGGGAAAUUUCUCAGGCACCGUCGCAGCCUCAAGUGUCACGAAGUCAAGUACAAGCACAUCAAAUUACCUUCUCAUGGACCCCGGGACCUGAUGGAUUCGCUCCCUUGCGUUAUUAUACGGUUCAAUCGCGCGAAAAUGGCGGUCCGUGGCAAACAAUCCCGGAAAGAGUUGACCCGUUGUCGAUGUCUUACACGGCGGAAAGGUUAAAACCCUUCACUUUGUACCAAUUUCGGAUACAAGCAACGAAUGAUCUCGGUCCGUCGCCUUUUAGCAAGGAAAGUGCGGAGAUUAGAACUCUUCCAGCUGCUCCCUCGGGUGCUGUGAAGAACUUAAAAGUCAUCCCGAUAACAACUACAAGCGUGAGGGUCGAAUGGAUCCCGUUGGAAUUGAAUCUGUGGAAUGGCGACGAGCAAACGGGCGGAUAUCGAGUGCUUUUUCAACCAAUUUCGGACUUUCCCGCUACUUUACAGGCAACGCCGAAGGAAGAAGUGAUCGGAAUUGAGAAAAACACGUUAGAACUAACGGAUUUGACGCAAGAUAAAAAUUACGAAAUAAUCGUUUUGCCCUUCAAUUCGCAAGGAGAGGGUCCUCCAACACCUCCUGUUGCUGUUUAUGUCGGCGAAGCAGUGCCCACGGGUGAAGUUCGUGAUUUGGAAGCUGUUGCGGUCUCAAGUACGGAAGUUCGUCUCAAAUGGAAACCCCCGAAACAGAGUAUGCAAAACGGGAAAUUGCUUGGAUAUAAAAUUUUUUAUUUGGUUACGUAUUCGCCGCAAGAACCCGAGGAGGGAAGGAAGCAAGAAGAGGAGAUAGAAGUUGUUCCAGCUUCGUAUAGGUCGCAUAGUUUGGCGCUUUUGGAUAAAUUUACGGAAUAUCGGAUACAGAUUUUGGCGUUUAAUCCAGCGGGAGAUGGUCCGAGGUCGAAAGCGGUGAUUGCGAAAACGAUGCAAGGAUUGCCGGGGCCGCCGCAAAGGUUGAAAUUUAGUGAUAUUACGAUGAAUAGUUUGAAAGUCUCGUGGGAUCCGCCGAAGAAGCGAAAUGGCGAGAUUUUGGGAUAUAUUGUGACGUACGAAACGACGGAAGAUAAUGAAAAAUUCAGCAAACAAGUAAAACAAAAAGUCUCCGGCACAAGCCUCGUAAUCCAAAAUCUGGAAGAAGAAGUCACUUACACAUUCACUGUUCGUGCUCAAACGAUCGAUUACGGUCCCGCAAUUAGCGGCAAUAUCACAACAGGACCUCAAGACGGCUCUCCAAUCGCUCCAAAGGAACUUAUUUUAACGAAAGGCGUUGCAAGUGUCGACAUGAAUUGGGUCAACAGUCCCUCAGGCAAAGGUCCUGUGCUCGGUUACUACAUCGAAGCUAAAAAACGAGUCAAUACAAUCGAUGCUGAUAUGUAUGUUCAUUACGACACUCGAUGGGAAAUCGUCGCAAGAUCAACUUCCGGCCCCUUACAAGAGUUCACAGUGAGCUAUCAAAGCCUUCUUCCAUCAACAGUGUACAAAUUUCGAGUAAUCGCUUACAAUAAAUUCGGCAUUUCAUAUCCCGCUUAUUCAGAAACUGCGAUUUUGACGCCUUCUAAGCUGUAUUUGGAGUAUGGUUACUUGCAACACAAACCAUUUUACCGACAAACGUGGUUUAUGGUUGCUUUGGCAGCUACUUCUGUGGUCAUCAUUAUCAUGGUUAUCUCGAUUUUGUGUGUCAAGAGUAAAAGUUACAAAUAUAAACAAGAAGCACAAAAAACGCUCGAAGAAUCGAUGGCAAUGUCAAUUGAUGAACGACAAGAACUCGCAUUGGAGCUUUAUCGAUCAAGAAAUAACUUGAAUAGUGGUACAAUGUCAACUACAGGCACUCUAAGUCGUCGUCUUCAAGGCACUUUGAGUCGAAAAGUGCAACCCGCACCGCCAACUGUUCUUGGAAAGUCUCCGCCGAGACCCUCGCCUGCUUCUGUUGCAUAUCACAGUGACGAAGAAAGUCUCAAAUGUUACGAUGAGAACCCUGACGACAGUAGUGUCACUGAAAAACCAUCCGAAGUUAGUUCAAGUGACUCACAGGACUCCCAAAGCGAAGCAGAAAGUGUCCAUUCAGACCCGCAUUCUUUCGUAAAUCAUUACGCAAACGUCAAUGACUCUCUUCGUCAAUCGUGGAAGCGUCAGAAACCAGUGAGAAAUUACUCAAGCUACACAGAUUCCGAACCCGAAGGCAGCGGCGUCGUCAGUUUGAAUGGCGGACAAAUCGUAAUGAACAACAUGGCACGAUCUCGUGCUCCGCUGCCCGGUUUUUCAUCAUUCGUUUGACCUGCAGACAAAAUUUAACGUUUAACCAGCGAAUAUUUUUAAAUUAUUUCCUUAAAAAAAUUUUUACUUAAUUAAUUUAGACUUUUUUUUAAUGUUACGUGUUUAGUAAGUUCAUUGUGAUAUGUUUUUGUGUCCCAGAACUCGAUAAAUUUAACGUUUUAGGAUAAAUUUCGAAUAUUAGAUAAUCAAAUGAUAAUGGAUCGACUGAAUAAUUUUUACUGAUAAUUUCGUAAAUAUUUAAGAUGUGAUUAAUUAAGCAUAGAUUUUGUAUUUUAAAGAUAAGUUUUGUAUGUAUCGCAUUUAGUUGUAGCAAAAAAAAUGCAUUUUAUUCAGAAAAAUACUUAAAUCUAAC